GAGGUUAGGUUUUUGUUUUUGUUCUAGAUUUAAUAAACAAUAUGAACUCGCUAGAAAAUAGUUGUUGUGUUUGUAUGAACAAUUUCCUAGGUUUAAAUAAAUUAUCAAAACAAGAUGAAAAUCAAAUAAGCCUAUUCUCGAAACUUAUUCUCAGUAUUCCAGAAAUUCAUUGGACUGUUAACUAUCAAAUUUGCGAACCUUGUACCAAUUUAUUGAGUAUCGUGUACAAUUUUCGUGAAACGUGUUUAAAAUCAGAGACAAUUAGAAAUCAACAAAUUGAGCAAGGGAAACAAGAUGUGUGUUCACAGGUAUGUAAUGAUGAAGAGAUGAAGGAAGAAUCUGCUGGUGAAGAUAAAUAUGGUAAUGAUGAUAAUUCAAAUAAUACAAGUGAUGAAGAGGAGUUGCCUGAUGUAGAAGAAAUUAAAGAAAAGCGAGCUUCUUCAUCUCGACGGAAACGAACGCUUGAUUUUGACUGUGAGAAAUGUUCAGAAAAAUUUCACUUCAGCACCGAACUUAUAAAACAUUGUGGAGAAGUACAUAACAUUCCUCAAAAAGACGUAAGGCCUUUUGGUUGUACGAUAUGUAAGAGUCGAUUUGGUACCUCUUCAAAUUUGAUGCAACAUAUUAAGUAUCACGAAGCCGUACGGUCAAAUGUUUGCAGCUAUUGCGGGAAAGGGUUUAUUACGAAGACUGAUUUAACAAUUCACGAAAAGCAACAUCUCAAUAUGAGAGAAUAUGGAUGUAAUACGUGCAAUAAAGGUUUUAAUACUCACAAAGAUCUUAGAUCUCACAAACUUGUAGUCCACACCGAUCCGAUACUCUGGAAAUACUUGUGCGACUAUUGCAACAAAAGGUUCCCCAUCAAAUCCAACUACGAUUGCCACAUGCGACGUCAUACGGGAGAGAAGAAAUUUGAAUGCGAUUUGUGCAGUAGAAAAUUUGCUGACAAAUGUGUGUUACAACGGCACAUGAGGUCACAUUCUAACGUACGGGAGUUUCAGUGUAGCGAGUGUGAUAAAGAGUACAAAGAUAAGAGGGUAAUGCAGAUACAUAUGGCAAAGCAACAUGGCAUUGGAGUUGGACAGAUCAAGUUACCAUCGAAAGAACGAAAGUACAUUUGUCAUAUGUGCCCGAAGGCGUAUUACGCCAAAAACAAAUUGACUAGGCAUUUGUACACGCAUACCGGAGAAAAACCUUUCUUCUGUACUAUUUGUGAUAAGAAGUUCAAUGAUAAGUCGUAUGUGAAGCAGCAUAUAAAGAAAGCUCACAGUAUAAAAAUCGAAAACGCUUUAUAGAGAUUUUAAUUUAAUAUUAUGGAUUUUAUAUAUUUACUUUUAUAAUAAAAACAAUUUUAUUU